AUGGAUUUUUACUGCAAAACAUCUGUCCUUGGAGUAGACUACAUCGGAAGUAACUCUAAAACCAAAUCCGGUAGAACCUGUCAAUUCUGGGAUCAGCAGUCUCCACAUAGCCAAAGUGCUUAUAAAUACCUCCCAGGAUCACCUUCUGCUCACAAGAAUUUCUGCCGUAACCCUGACAACGAGCUGGGGGGACCUUGGUGCUAUACGACUGACCCAAGUGUUCGAUGGGAGUACUGUGACGUACCAUUUUGUCAUUAUGAAUGCAAAUAUUCUAAAUUGGGAAAAGAAUAUAUUGGCUUAAAAACAACGACAUUAUCUGGUAGAACAUGCCAGAGAUGGGAUAGGAACCACCCACACAAGCAUAGCAAUGCUAAUCGAUUUAGUGGACCUGCUUCCUGUCAUGAAAACUUCUGCAGGAACCCGGAUAAUUCACCAAACGGUCCCUGGUGUUAUACGACUGACCCCAAUAAGAGAUGGGAAUACUGCAGUAUCCCAUACUGCUAUGGUGGAGUAAAAAGGCUUUGAGUUAGAUACACAUGUAUUUGGAAAAAUCGCUGUACCCUUCCAAUAAAAAGUAAUUACCUUUGCAAUAGCAUUUUGGAUUGGUUUUCCUUUCUU